AUGCACGUCGCGCUCGCGUCCGCGGCGGUCCCCGUCGCGGUCCCCGUCGGCCGCGCGGGCCGCGGGUCCCGCCGCGCCGCCGCCGCGCGCUCGCGCCGCGGACGCGUCGCGUCGUCGUCGUCGUCGUCGUCGUCGUCGUCGUCGUCGUCGUCGUCCACAGCUGACGUGGACGACGACGAUCGCACAUCGCGCCGCGUCGCGCUCGCGUCGCUCCCCGCCUCCGCGGCGCUCCUGUCCUCCCUCCUCCGCCCAACCUCCGCGAGCGCGGACAGCGGCGACUGGUCCUCCCCCGGGCUCGCGCGGACGGACAUCGAGCCCGCGAAGUACGUGAAAUCUCCGCUCGGCGUCGUGUACGAGCAGAUAAACGACGGCGACGGGAAGCCCGCGGAACCGGGCGACGUCGCGGUGUUCCAGUACGUCCUGCGACGCGCGAACGGGUACUUCAUCUACGGCACGAUCGACUGCGGCGUCGGGUGCGGGAACGGCGACCCCGCGGAGUACACGCUCGGCCCGGACGGGAACCUCAUCGCCGGGCUGGACGAGCUCCUGACCGGGAUGCGACCGGGGGAGAAACGCCGCGCGCUGAUACCGCCGGCGGCGGGGUACGUCAGCAAAGGGCUCGAGCCGCAGCCGCCGGAGUUUGGGCAGAAGCGGCAGGUGGAAGUUCACGCGUCCGAGCCGCUCGUGUUCGAGGUCAAGCUCGUGAAGACGCGGCAGAGGGGGGGGAAGCGGUGACGCGGAAGGGGGGAUGGGCGGAGAGAGACGCGUCUACGUCUCGUCUAAAAUAAUUGUCUCAAAUAAUCUUAAAGCUGCCCCGCGGCGUGCAUC